AUGGACGAUGAGGUCAACAGUGGUGAUGGUCUCGAAGAGGAUGUGGGUGUCGAAACGGAGCGACUGGAUGCGGCAGCGGUACAUGAGCUCGAAGCCGAGGAUGCCCUUCAGAAAUCCAAGAAAGUUCUCGACAUCGGUGGUGGUGGUGAGCUGGCCAUCGACGGCGAUGUCGUUGGCUAUCUAGCCCUCGAACAUGAUGGGUUUGAGCUCGGCUCGCACGGCGUAGAUCGCCGUCGGGUGGCGGUGGGGCCACUACUGAUGAUGCACAGUCUGCUCAGCCGCCACACCAUCUCUUUUCGAUGCUGCACCCAGCUUCGGUGUCUCUCCACCUCCGCACAUAGCUGCACCACAGCCGGCAGUAGCAGUAGCCACCCCUUCGACCAGGAGAGCGAGAGGCUGACGGAGGGAGGCGACGGCAGGGGUGGGGACGAUGAGGAACAGGAGGAGGAGGAGGCGGCGGCGGCGAAGAGGGAAAAAUUAGGCAAGACGACAAAGGGGAGAGGAGGAGGAUGGGAAGGAGGUGGGAGGACGUGCUUCUCGAUGAAGGAAAGUUUGGAAGUCAAGAAUGAGACGUCCUUCAACUCCACUCUCAAAACUAUGUCUAUGGAGAAGGGAAAAGUGGUGGAAGGGAAGGUAGAUUGGAGGGGAAGGCCAGUCAGGAAAGGAGAACAUGGGGGAGUCAGCUCAUCCUUGCUUGUAUUGGCUGCUUUCAUGUUUGAGAAUAUGGCCUCUCUCGCACUAGCAGUCAAUCUGGUUACCUACUUCACCGAAGUCAUGCAUAUGGACGUAGCCGAUGCUUCCAAUGCUCUAACCAACUACAUGGGCACCAACUACAUGGUCUCAGUUGCUAUAGCAGUCUUUGCAGAUAUCUUCAUUGGGAGAUACAAGUCUGUUAUUAUAUCAGCCUGUAUUGAGUUCAUGGGACUUCUGUUGUUAACUCUGCAAGCUCACUUUCCAAAACUCAAGCCACCUCCCUGCAACAUCUUCGACACUACCGCCCAUUGUCUGAAGGUUGAUGGUGGUAAUGCUGUGUUCCUCUACAUCUCUCUAUACCUCGUAGCCAUUGGGUCAGCUGGGAUCAAGGCCAGUCUGCCGGUUCACAGCGCCGAUCAGUUCGAUGAGAAGGAUCCUCAAGAGGCCCGUCAAAUGUCGAGCUUCUUCAACUGGCUCUUGCUGAGUGUCUGUCUCGGAGGGGCCAUCAGCUUGACCUUUGUGGUCUGGGUUCAGAACGAGAAAGGCUGGGACCGGGGAUUUGGGAUUUCCACAGGUGCCAUGUUGAUAGCACUAGUAGUGUUCCUUGCUGGUGUGCCAAAGUAUCGGAUGGCUAUCAUUCAAGGCACUAAUGCACUUCUCGAAAUUAUUCAGGUUUGCGUGGCAGCAUUCAGGAACUGGAAUCUAGACCUUCCUGAAGAUCCUACAGAGCUUUAUGAAAUCGAUAGAAUGAAAGAAUCGCUUGAAGAAGUAGAAUUUUUGCCUCACAGAGAUAAAUUCAGGUUAUUGGAUAAAGCCGCAAUCCAAACUUCCAGCACUACUCACACCACUUCACCCAGCCCCUGGAAGCUAUGCCGAGUCACCCAGGUGGAGAAGGCCAAGACCAUCCUCGGCAUGAUCCCCAUCUUCUGCAGCACCAUCAUCAUGAGCACAUGCCUUGCCCAGCUCCAGACCUUCUCCAUCCAGCAGGGCACCACCAUGGACACCCGCAUCACCCACAAAUUCCACAUCCCUCCGGCCAGCCUCCCCAUCAUCCCCAUCUCCUUCAUGAUCAUCCUCAUCCCACUCUACGACCGCCUCUUCGUCCCCUUUGCCCGCAGGAUCACCGGCCACAUCACUGGCAUCACCCACUUCCAACGCAUCGGCGUCGGUCUCGUGCUUUCAUGCAUAUCCAUGGCCACCGCCGCGGUCGUCGAGGUGAAGCGCAAGAACGUCGCCAGGAGCCAUGGGAUGCUCGACGCCCUCCCUGUGCUGCAGCCAUUGCCGAUUACUGUCUUCUGGCUCUCCUUCCAGUACUUUAUAUUCGGCAUUGCGGACAUGUUUACUUACGUUGGACUGCUUGAGUUCUUCUACUCUGAGGCACCGAACGCUUUGAAGUCGAUCUCGACCUCCUUCCUUUGGUGUUCCAUGUCGCUUGGCUACUUCCUCAGCACCAUAUUGGUUCAGAUAGUGAAUGCUGCCACCAAGAAUCACACAAAGAGUGGAGGGUGGCUGGCUGGAAAUAAUCUCAACAGGAAUCAUGUGAACCUCUUCUAUUGGUUGCUCUGCAUCCUUAGCUUCAUCAACUUCUUGAACUACUUGUUUUGGGCCAGCUGGUACAAGUACAAGCCACAAGCUGUCCAUGACGAGGUGGAGAAUGGGGAGGUAUAGGCGUUGGUGGUGCUCGUCUUGGUCUAUUCAUGGGCGGGUCCAAGUUGGAGCUGGGUGUCCGGGAAGUGUAGUGUGGUGUUUCGGUGGAACAAAAGAUACAUUUAUGUUUCCAUCUGUGGCUGGACGGACAUCAA